CGGUAGUGGUCCUGUAAAUACUGCAACAAAAUGUGAUUAUAACUCACUGUUUGCUCACAAUGUCAGUCACAUGGCUGUUGCUAGGCCACCGAUAACAAUAAUGCCAAUGACUAGAAAAGAAGAUCCAUGUUACCACUCUAAGUUCAAAUUCUCUCAGCAGUUCUUUAAGAAAGCUCAAUAAUCGACUUCGCUGAGCCAGCGGUGGAGCUUGAGACGAUGUCACCUUCCUUCUCCACAGUUCAUCCAGGCACGGCUAGAACUACAGAUUGGUUCUGUACAGAUCGGAAAAUCCUAAUUGCUCCUGCUAGAAUCAACCCGAGAGGCAUGUGCGCAUUGAGUCGAAGUGGUUUCUCUUUCAAAGGAAUUUUCGCUGCCGGAGCUUCCGUUAUAACCUCCCCUUCUGAAGAAGCUGCACACCAGUCUCAAGGACUGGAAAAGCUGCCAUUUAAGCGGGAGGGAUACAACUUUUGGACGUGGAAAGGCCACAAAAUCCAUUAUGUUGUGGAAGGAGACGGGUUUCCCAUUGUUCUGAUUCAUGGGUUUGGGGCUUCUGCUUUUCAUUGGAGGUAUAACAUACCAGAAUUGGCUAAAAACUACAAGGUCUAUGCUUUGGAUUUGCUUGGUUUUGGAUGGAGUGAGAAGGCACUCAUUGAAUAUGAUACCUUGAUUUGGAGAGAUCAGGUUCUCGAUUUUCUGAAGGAGAUAGUCAAUGAACCAGCAGUUUUAGUUGGAAACAGCCUUGGAGGAUUUACAACAUUGGUGGCAGCAGCUGCAUCGCCAGAGAAAGUUAAAGGAAUUGUGCUGUUAAACAGUGCAGGGAAAUUUGAGGAUGAUAGUUCUGCAAAUAAUGAACACGAAGAUGCCACCUCAAAAAAAUCCAUACUAAAUCCAGUGAAGGAGAUCGUUCAGCGUUUUUUCCUUGGAUUUUUGUUUUGGCAAGCCAAGCAACCAGCUCGAAUUGAAUCUAUUCUGAAGAGUGUCUACAUAAAUUCUUCAAAUGUGGACGAUUAUCUCAUUGAUUCAAUAUCAUGGCCUGCAGCUGACCCUAAUGCAGGAGAGGUGUAUUACAGGCUAAUGACACGAAUUAUGUCGAACCAGAGAAAGUACACCCUUGAUGCGAUCUUGAGCCAACUCUCUUGCCCAUUGCUGUUGCUGUGGGGGGAUUUGGACCCUUGGAUUCGUCCUUCGAAGGCCAAUCGAAUUAAGGAGUUUUAUCCAAAUGCUUCACUCAUUAACCUGCAGGCAGGACAUUGUCCGCACGAUGAGGUUCCAGAGAUUGUGAAUAAAGCACUGUUGGAUUGGUUGUCAACCCUGAACUUCUGAGGCCUUCUCUACCCACAAGAGAAGGCCCAAAAUCAGGUCCUGUACAAAAUCUGAGCUAAAGUUGGCAGCCGGUUUAUGAUACUGCCGUGGUUACCAUAAUCCAUGUCUGCCAUCAAAUCUAGCAGCGUGUAAGAAGCUCAAACCCUGAUAGCCAUUGUAUUAUAGAGUUUUUUUUGGUAAACCUGUUUGUACUCCCUCUUGCCCCUCUUGUAGUUUGAAUAUAAAUAAGGUGGUCUAUGAUUCAAAUAUGUAUCUGUAGAAAGUUUACAAUCGAAUAUCAGAGUGAGACAUGAGUUUAUAAGACCUUGGGCUCAACUUGUUAAUAGAUUGGAAAAAAUGUUUUAAAAGGCUCG